AAACUUUGGAAUAUAAAAUCAAAAAAAUUAACGAAUUAAUUACGGCUUAUCAAUCGACUUCUCUACCGACCAAUUUAGCCGAAGCCGAACAAAUCCUUAAUCAGCAAGUAGGCUUUGAGAAACAAAAUGAAAAGAUUUUGCGUAUUUUGAAAAUCAGAGGCUACUGCCAACAAAACAACGUUCAAGAAACACCUUUGAUUUUAUGCCUUUUCGGGUCGCCAGGGGUGGGAAAAACUACUUAUGCUCGCCUCUUGUCUCAGGCCUUAAAGAAAGAAUUUUUUCUGGUGUCGUUAGGGGGAACCACCGACACUUCUCUGCUGCUCGGAGCCAGCGAAAACUCUUCCGGAACCGAAAUCGGACAAUUGACUAAGGCCUUGACGGAGACUAAAACCCACUACCCAUUAAUUUUGUUGGAUGAAAUUGAUAAAGUUACUUCUUACAGAAGUAAUUCAGCCAUUCAUAAUUGCCUAAACGCAGUUUUGGAUUCGGCACAAAAUAAGGAAAUUUUGGAUUAUUAUUUGGAUGUUAAAUUAGAUUUUUCCCAAACAACCUUUGUGAUCACCGCCAAUGACCCGAAAAAAAUACCCGAGCACCUGCUAUCGAGAAUAUCAACUGUUGAUAACCAGGAAAAAAACUCAGUAGACGAAAAAAAAGAAUUAGAAAGUUUGCGCAAGGAAUUGGAAAGAUUGAAAGAAAAGAAGGAUAAUCAAGCACAAUUAAAAACUGUAAGGUUUAAUUCUUUGCUGGCAUUGCGACAAAUUAGGGGACAAUUCACCGACCGAGAGUACCAAGAUUACGAAGGAAAAAUAAAUACGGCAUCUUCUCGUGAGGAAAUUGAAGUGGUUAUGAAAGAAUUUUUACUAAGAACAAAGGAGAAAAUUACUUCUCCUAGAACCAGAGGAGAAAACGGGGAUAAGAAGUCCAAGGACGAGUCAACAGAAAUCGCAAGACAAAACCAAAUUCUGACCGAAAAAAUUAAAUCUUUAAGUGCUGAAAUAGAAAAUGGAGUUUAUGGAGUAAGUGAACUACCCACCACUUAUAGAAGUGGGGGCUUCUCGGUUCCUAGACAAGGCUAUCACCUA